CCCCCUGGCCAUCACCCUGUUCAUUGUCAUAAAUCAGCCAGAUAAGUCUUAUAAGUAAAAAACAUAUUGGAAACCAAUUCAUUAUUUCUAUCUACGUAUUUGCUAAUUUCUCCAGCUUUGUUUCAGAGUGGCCAGCUUGAUUUUAGAACAAAAUACUAUAUACUAAGUGGACCGUAUUACUAGAGCUUUACAACACUAGAUGUUGUGGCUGCAGACUUUUGAAUGUUAUGUUCAAUAUAUUUAAUAAUUUUUAUUUUUUUUUUUUUCUGUGCAUAUUUGUCACACUGUGCACAGUGGAAUGACCUCGCAGUAGGUUAAUGAAAAGUUGUUGUUGCUGCUGCUGCUGCAAAAGUUCUGCAGUUACUUGGGAUGACAAAAUGGCUACCCUCUCACUCUCUCUCUCUCUCUCGCUCUCUCUGCAUCUCGCUCACUCGUGCUCUACUUGUUUGCGUGUAGAGCUCAUUAAACGCUUAUUUAAUUAUAAUGCAUUUAUGUUGCUGCAUAAUUCAAAUAAAAUGCCGCCGCCUGCAAUUUUCGUCAACGAAAUACAAUUUUUAGUAUUAUUUUUGGCAGUUAAGUGCGAAACGGGGCCAUUUGGCGCCCCUCGCUGCCCGCUCCCUCAACCCCAACCAGCACUGAGGAGGAGGCUGUGAGCGGGUUGCGGCUGCAGGCCAGGAAGUGGCCGCAUUAGGCUAAUGGGCUCUCAGCCAAGAACUGGAAGCAGAGCAAGAAACAUGAUUAUGACAAGAUGAUGUCAGCUGUGAAUGUGACCAGCUCGGAUGGGAUUAACUUUGCUCUUAUUCAUAUGUGUGGACACAACAGUUAGAGCCAGCGUGCCGGUUCACAUUGCCACGCCCUCUAACAGACUUUGAUCUGUUAUAAGGCUGCAAAUAAUUCCAAUAUCCCAUAUAGAUGUAGGUCAAAAUAACCCACCCUCAUAACUGGAUCAAAUCUGAUCCGAUUUGCACUAGGCUUGGCUCUUUGUUCGAUUUGGCAUCUAAGAUCUGGCAAGCAAAUUUCCUAUAUAGGUCUUUCCUAUGGCAGCUAUACGGAGGAGUCAGAGGAGUUGAUAGAGGAAGAGGCAGAGGUGGAGAUGGAGGCGAAGCAGGCAAAGGAGGAGGUAGAAGAGAAGAUGAAGGAGAAGUUGACAGAGGAGUUGACAGAGAAGGAGACGCAGGACGACUAGGACUAAGAGUCUUGAUAACAUCAAGCACAUUUUUGGCCAUUUCCAAUGUGAGGCAAUAGUUUUGAUACAUUGUCAACGUCAUGUGUUUGCGCCCGCCGACAGCUGUUUGGUCUUUGAAGUGGAAAUGCUGCAGCUUUGGUUACAAAUUCAAUCAAAAAACUGUCAACUUUUAGUUGACAAACGGUCGGUGGGGUUAGGUGGGGCAGGUUGUACAUUGAGGCUGCAUAGAAAUGAAAAUAGAAAUACAAAACAGAAAUAGAAAUAGAGACAGACACCUGCCGCACACAAUCAUAGGACAUGAUACGAGCUGGGAUGAGUUGAUAGCGCGUCGAGGAGCCGUCUUCUGGCUGGGCUGAUGUAAGGCGAUGCUAGAUGAAAGUGUUGACGCUGUCGACCGUCAACCGUCAACCGUCAACCGUCACUCGUUUCCCAUUGUUGCCACCUCUCUGGCUGGUCUCUGUGUCUUGGACUUUCCCUCUCAUCGUUUUGGUUUCAUUUAAAGUUUGGGUACGAAAGGCCGCUGAAGUAACUGUGCCAAGUGGUCGCCGAUUUGGAGCUGAGCGCGUGCUCAAGGGUUUGUCCCAACGAAGCGGUGUGAAUACCGAUAUACAAUAGAAAGGUUUGCCCUGACAGUUGCCCCGAUGAAAGGCUGUGAAGGGAAGCAGCACCAGAAGGAAUGCCUUUCACAAAGAAGCUAACACGUGACAGGAGUAGGUGAUGCCCAGAGAGAGGAAGGGUAGUGUGAAGGGUUGUCCAGGGCGAAGGAGAUGGGCUUGUGGAAGUACUCCUCCUCAUGCCUCGAAGACAAACAAUGUUUCGAUGGGGAAACUCUGCCUGUCGAGCAGGCGGAGUGGUUACAGCGAAUGGAACUAGGUCAGGGAAUGGUCCAAAUGAGAAUACGUCCUAUAGAGAAGAGGAAGUGUACAUGGUUUUCCUAGGAGUGACAGCAGCAAAAGUGGAUUAGCCUUAUGGAAGACCAUUACGAUGGAUAGGAUGUGAGGCCAUUAACUAGGGGUCAAUCACAAGGAAGGAGUAAUAGAUACAUUGCGGAAAGCAUGGUGGAAUAGCCAAUGUCUUAGAGCUUCCCAGAAUGGAGCAACGGAUGGAUGCCUCCUUAGAGGCAGGGUUUCCUCUAAGCAAGCAGCAGGGAAGUCGAAUGUCCUAUUAAAGGGAGGAAUAGCCAAUGUCUCCCUUCCCAGCUUCCCAGAGAAACGAAGCGACAAAGGAUGUCUCCUUAGAGGCAGGUCGGUAGGGUUUUCCUCUAUGCAAGUAGCAGGGAGGUCGGAUGUGCCGAUGGAACCACAAGGGCUGAGCGAUAAAUGCUCCUUGUAGCACUCACUUGAAGCCUGGCUAAUUUCGAGGAUAUUCCUUGCCCGUUCCAGCUGACAGCCAAGGGGAAAUGCAUGCCGCCGCGAGCUGCUGCUAAGCUACUCGACUGACUAGUUAACUGGCUGGAGCUAUGGACAGCGCACCCAUGUCGCUGGCAUUUAGCAGCCUGGGGCUGCUGCUGCUGCUGCUAGUGAUGGUGAUGUGCGUGCUGUUGGCCUGCCGUUGCUUGGGUCCGCGUGCCGCCAGCUGGAUGCGUAUGCGCUCCAGCAAGGAGGAGAAGAUUGGCCUGUCCAAGCACAAGCUGUUCCAUCCCAACGGCUACAUGGCCAGUAUACAAUCCGGCUCCGAGUUUCUGCUGAGCACCAGCGGCAGCUUCAAGCGCUUCGAUACCAUUGACAAAGACGACCACAAUCGUUCCCAGCAGCAGCUUCUGCAGCUGCAGCAACUGCAGCAGCAGCAGCAGCAGCAGCAGCAACAGUUGCUGCUGGGCAAUGGAGGCGAUAAUAUGACCACGACGACGACUCCUUUGUGGAAUCUGCCGCAGGCGGAUGUCAGCAUUCCGCCGCAGCCGCUGCGCCCGGCGCCGGCGCCCAACAGCGCCGGACCCAGCAGCAAGACGGUCACCUUCUCCUUCAGCCAGAUCAAUGAGUUGGACUCGCCCACAAGCCAGGAGCCGCGAUCCUGCCUGCGCCCGGCAACUGUUGCGGCUGCUCUGCCGCAGCCGCUGGAGGCGCCGCCGCCGCCACGACUAACCACAUCCGCAUCGGUGACGCUCUCGGCGACGGCCAUACCGCGUCCUAUUGCCAAGCGGCAGGUCUCGCUGCAGCAGGGCAUCAAUCGCAGCACAGAGCCCGCAACGCCCCCGUUACAAUCCCAGUCCCAGCCGGAGCGUCGUCCGCCAGCUCUAAAGCGUCGCAAUUCGAGCACGAAUCCCUUUCUGUGCGAAUCCAUGGAGCAACUGCCGCCGGCGACGCCGCCGCCACCAGUGGAGCAACUGCCGCCGGCAGCGGCGCAGCACAAUGGCAAUCCCUUUGUGCACGGCCAGAGCCUGUCCAGCCGUCUGCUGCGGCUGCACAAUGCCAACAAUCCGUUCACGGGGCUGACGCAGCGCGUCAAAGGGCCGCACAUGCUGCAGAAGACCAUCUCGGAGGAUUAUCUGUUCCGCAAACUGGGCGCCAACGGACAGCUGCCCAAUGGACAUGGACAUGGCGCCGCGAACGGCAACGGCAACGGCAACUCCACCUGGUGCUUUGGACGCUCGCUGCUGCGCCAGGAUUCGAGCAUCAGCCUGGGCCUGGGCAGGCGUAACAGCUCCCAAAUGUCGCUAGACGGCUCCAUUGAGGGCAUCCAUUUGGAGCACGGCAUCUCUUGCGAUUCGGUCAACUCGGAUGCCUCCUCGCUGUGCCUCGACCAGCUCGAUCAGCCGUACACGCAAAUCACAGGCUAUCUCUGCGUCGGCCUGCAGUAUGACAAGCACAACAGCAACAGCGGCGAGAACGAGGAGGAGGAGCAGCUGGAGCUGACGGUCAGCGUGCUGGAGGCCAAGGGACUCCUCUGUCCGCUCAGCAUGGGGCUCGAUUCGCUGGACACAUUCGUGCGCAUCUACCUGGUGCCCGAUCAUGCGGGCGGCAUGCAGACCAAGGUGGUUAAGUCAACGCUGACGCCAGCCUACAAUGAGAGCUUCAACUUUCGACUGAAGCGACAGGCGGGCAGGCGCUCGUUGUGGUUCCAUCUGUACCACAAUGGGCCCGCGCACACGCUGAUCGGCGAGGCGGAGAUGGAGAUUGGCGAGUUGGCGCGUCCGAUAACCACGUGGAUACCAUUGUCCGAUUCGCGCAAAUGCAACGCACGCUGGGGUGAGCUGAUGUUCUCGUUGAGCUAUCUGCCCACAGCGGAGCGCCUGACCAUUGUCGUGGUGAAGGCGCGCAAUCUCAAACUGGACCUGGACCUGGAAGCGGAGCAGCAGCAGCAGCGGCAAUCGCCCCCAGCUGCCGCAGUGCAGCACGUGUUUGUCAAGGUCUAUCUGCUGAACAACGACAAGAAGGUGCUGAAGAAGCGCACCUCGCUGAAGCGCAAGGAUCGCUGCCCCAUUUUCAACGAAUCGAUGAUCUUCAGCGUGCCGCCCCAGGGCCUGACCACGGUCCAGCUGCGCUUGACCGUCUUCGGUGUCACCGACAAGGGUAUCGUGCCGCUGGGUCAUGUCAUCGCCGGCAGCUGUGCGGUGGGCAAGGGUCUGCGCCACUGGCACCAGAUGCUCUCCUCGCUGCGCAAGCCGGUCGCCAUGUGGCAUGUGCUGCGACGCGCCGCCAACCAGCCCGUCUUCAUUGGCGGCGCCGAGGCCGUUGUUGCCGCCAUGCAGAGCACUCUGCAGCGGGCGAGCGCCAAGCGCAACAGCAUCGUCUAGAGGGUUGAGAAGAUCGAGCUAAGGCGGCAGCGAAGGUGGCAGUGGCAGUUGGAGCGGCAACUGGAGAGGAAGCAGCAAAUGGAGAGGAAGCUGAAGCUGGAAGUGGAACGAGAGCUGGAGCGGGAACUGGACAAGGAACUGAUGAAUGAAGUGGAUCGAGAAUUUGAGUGACAACAAGAACUGGAACAGAUAGUGGAACCAGAGCUGAAGCUUGAGCUUGAACAGAAGCAAGGUGGAGCGAGAACUGAAGCCAGAGCUGGAGCAACAAUUGGAGCUAUUGCUGAAGCCAGAACUUGGGUGGCUGUUGAAGUGGCAACUGGAGCGGGAGCUGGCAAAGGAAUUGGAGCAAAAACUACAGUUGGAGCUGGAGUGGCAACUGGAGCAAGAGCUGGAGCAAGAACGGGAGCCAUUGGCGUGGCGACAACUGGACAAGGUACUAGAGCAAGAACUGGAGCUUGAACAGGAGCGAGAGCUGGAGCGAGAACUUUAGUCGGAACUGGAGCGGGAACUGGCCAAGAAAGUGGAACGAAAACUUAAAUGGGAGCUGGAGUAGGAGCUCGAGUGGUUGCAGUCAUUGCUACAUUCUCCCUCGCUCCAGUUCUCAGCCUCAACCCACAACACAUAACCCACAUCCAACUGGCAUGUGCCCUUGUCCCACCUUCAAGAUGGCAGCCUGUGCAUUGCAUUUACUAAAUUUCUUACUUUUCUACAAAAUUCCUAUAACAAAUGCGCAAUAGGGCAUUUAGGUUUAGGCAUUAUCUAGUACAUAGGCGUAAUACCAGAUAACAGAAAAAUCUACGAAACUAUUCCAGAAAACCUUAAACUAAACUUAACAGAAACCCCGCACCAAAGGACAAAUCGAGCCUAUUAACUAGCUAUAUAUAUAUAUACACACACACACAUAUAUAUAUAUAUAAAUAUAUAU